UCGUAUGAGAAACGCGAUUGCGGCCAGAUGAUAUUUUUAUGUCUACCUCUGUGGUCGGUUUGGUUCUUAUUGAUUUUGUAUCGGGAGCACGUUUGUAGCGGCCGGCAAAUAUUUUCGAUGACGUAAUUAUUACAAAGCCCUAAUGCAAGGAACUUAACAUUGUGACAUCAGUUUGGUUUUAUGAAGUGAAGUUCAAGAGCGUUUUAGAGAAACUAGGAAUUCCCUGCCGCUAUGGGUUAUAUAUUCAGAGACGUGUUGUCCAACUCGAAAGGAAGCCUCAGACAAAAGUUGGAGGAUAUUUUUAAGUUGAUGCUUAUGGUAUGGUGCCGACAGUGUCAAGUAAAUCGACUUGUUGCCGUCGAACAAAGUGAAAGCGACAAGACUGUGGUAGUGAGACGAGGCAAUGAAGAAUUCGGUUUUAGGAUCCAUGGGAGCAAGCCUGUCGUGGUGUCGGCGAUAGAACCGGACACGCCGGCCGAGACGUCCGGUUUGGAAGUUGGCGAUAUAGUAAUAGCUGUGAAUGGGAUCAAUGUUUUAGAUAAGACGCAUUCUGAAGUAGUUAAAAUAGCACACUCGGGCUCGGAAAUUUUAGAAUUAGAUGUGGCAAGAACUUGUGAGGUGGUAGCGUCACUUGCUCACGAAGGUGGUCCAGCCGCUUUAUACUCGGGGUACCUCUGGAGGGCGGCACCUACCAGACCUCAUCAUCCACCACGCUGGACACGACGAUGGUUCGUGCUGAAGAGGGACAACUGCCUAUACUAUUAUAAAACUGAUUCGAGUAUUCAUCCAGUGGGGGCGCUGAUGUUGGUGAACUACCAACUAACUGAAGAGGACUCUGGUCGACCGCACGGGUUUAGAUUGCAACGCGGUGGCGGCACACGAUUACAACUAGCAGCCGACACUGCUGAGGCGUCCGCUAGAUGGCGCGCUGUACUGGCACACGCUAUAGAUGCUAGUAACCAACGUGAUGGUUGGUUAGAAGUGACAAUGAGGAACAUGAAACUACCACCUUCUUCUAUCCCAAGGCCUGAUUGCUUCGGGUACCUCAUGAAGCUCGGUUCCAAAUGGAAAUCUUGGGCGAAAAGAUACUGCGUGCUCAAAGAUGCCUGUCUUUACUUCUAUAGUGACGGAAACAGUAAAAGUGCUUUUGGUAUGGCGUGCCUACACGGCUACAGGAUACAGACCUGUUCCCCAGGUGGGAAAAAGUACGCGUUCGAGGUGAUGCCGACAGAGCCGAAGCAAAGGCAUUUUUAUUUCCACACCGAGUCUGAAAUGGAUAGAAAAAGGUGGAUGGCAGCCCUAGAAUAUUCAAUAGACAGAUGGAUGAAGGCUGGUUGACGACGACCCAAUACGAUAAAAGAUCAAUUCGAAUUUUUAUAAUCUCGACAUAUUAAAUUAUUAUUUAUUUGUAUUUUUUUUUCAUUUUCCUUUUAAUAUUUUAUAUUUAUUUUAACUUAAAGUAUAAAAAUACCCAGUUUAGUAUACCAGAAUGUGCAAAAAAACUACAAGUAUUACUUAUAUAUUGUUUUGAAAAAAAUAGAUUGUAAUUCUUAAUAUGUUCACAUAUCUAUGUUAAUAAUUCUAACAAAAAUGUUAAAUAUAUUAUUAAAGUCUAUAUCAUAUUAAAUAGAAAGACAUAGAGUACAAAAAAUUAUAACUUUCCAUGUUCGCAAUAGUCAGUCAUUAAAAACAUCAAAUACGUCGCAGAACUAAAACAAGCGUAUAGCUAACAUCUAAAAAUAUUGAAAUAUUGUGGGUAUCUAACAUAUUUCACAUGGUGUGCGUCAUUCAUUUAUUAUAAAUAAAAACAUAGACCAAUUAAUAUCACGACAGUACAAUAAAAACUUGACAUAUUACAUUUGUUCAAAAUAACUUAUGAUUGAAAAUUAUAUAAACAAAUAAAUAGAUCAAAAGUCGCUUGUUAUGCUAUAAGCUUUCUAGUUCUGCGAAGUUGCUUGUAUUUUAUAAAUGUCCCUGUAUAAUAUUAAAUAGUAAUGAAUUUUUGAUAGCCCCACAUUACUUACAAGCAUAUGCAGAGUGUUUGUGUUAAUUUGACAAAGGGUAUAAUCAAAUUUUUAUUGCCACAUAAUGAUAAUCAAAUUCUGUGUUAAUCAUAUAAUGAGAAAUUGUCAGUGAAUUUCUUAGAAUACGUUUUAAAUAUUUAUUUUAUGUGAAGAAACUUUUAGAACAAGCUCAAGGUUUUACAAGACUACCAACUUUACAGCGUCAUUAAAGGUUUACAUACAUUAUACUUAUACUCCCAAAAAGAACAGGUUUACCUAAAACUGAAUCUCGGCCAAAGUAAAAUAAUAGAUACAAAUACAGUUUCUGAUUUGUCAAUUUUAAUGCGGCUUACUAACAAAUUAUUUUGUCUCAAAGUGUUUGAUAUAUCGAUCCCUCCAUUUUAUUCUUUUGAGGUUUGGUAGUAUUACUAUAAUAGUAUUUUAUUAUAUGUGGCACUUAGUCUAAAUGUAGGGUAAAAAUAAGUUUUUGUUUUUUUUAUAUAAAAAGAUUUAAAAAUGCUUGAUAUCUUGAUAGAUACUACUUUUGAAGACAGCCAGUUGUACAGAAUUAUUAAAUAUGAAUUCAGUGAAGACACAACAUUAAAAGUUUAUGAAGUUUUUGAAAAGUUGUAAGCAGUUGAAAACGCAAAAAUUGCAAUUCCGCUACUCGAUAAUAAUAGUAAACCUAAGACAGGCGACGGUUACAAAGAUAUUACGCAAAUAAGUAGUGACAACACAUUUUUAAUUAAUUAAUUGCAAGCCAUUAAGAUUAUUUUAAUAUCGCUGAUAUCAGCUCUUGGCUACUAAGUGAGUUGCAAUAAAUAAUUAUCAAUUGCUGAAGUCUAAUUCAGUGGCGUAAUAACCUCAGGAAGCCCGGGGCGGCAAUGGGUUCUGAUUGACAACCAGGGUAGAAACUUGAUAUGGCGUUUGCCCUUUGAAAUAAAACUCAAAUUGCAAAGCUUCAACGUGAGUUCAGUUAGAGUCGGAAUAAAGUCCAAGUAAAGUGAUAAUGUGUGUAGAUCUUAAAAUAGUUUCUUUUUUUUUCGAAGAACAUCUACAUUUCAUGUUUUCUGAACAGCACGGUUUUAUUGACAUCAAUAUAACAUUUAGUAAGAAAGUAUUUAUUUACAAAUUUUGUAGGAUGUUGCCUCUUAAAGAUUUUUCUUUAUUUAAGAAAUGUACAUACAUACGUUUCAUAUUGGUGGAUUAUUCAUACUCAGAUCUAUUUCUUAUUAUUUUAAUAAAACAGAUUUCCCGUCCUGUUUUAAUAUUUAUUGUAAAGUGUGUUUGGGCUGAUUACUACACUAGGGAAUAACAGAAAAUUUUCGAGCAGUAGGCCAAAUUUAUAUUAUAAACACGAUAACUUAAUAAAUAUCAUAUUGAAUUCGAUAAAAUGUUAGUAAAAUAGCCUAAAUAAAUCAUAUGUAAUAUUCAGGAUAUGUCAUCCCUGUUUUCCGAAUAAUUCCGAAACGAUUCAAUUAUAUAUUUGCAGAUUAUAAAAUGUAUGGAUAUAGUUGCAUUUAAUUAAGAGUGAGGAAAUAAAUUUACAAUUCAAGUUAUACAUAAAUUUAGGAAUCCAACGACGCAUCGAAAAUAUAGGUACAUUAUAUAAUUCAUAAUAAAGUAGCUUUAUCAAUUUUGUUCUGAAAAGAUAAACAUUAUUAAGUACUAAUGAUAUUAUAUCAGAAAUGUUUUUUUUUGAGUGAAUAUAAAUUUUAUAAAAUUGAUAUAAAAUUGAGAACAUUGUUGAUCACUAAAUAAAUUUACCUAUAGUUGAGCAAAUUUUUUGCUGAAAAUAAAUAAAUAAUAUUACAGAUAUUAUAAAUUUCGCCAGUUAAAAUAAAUAGAAAUUAUAUUUAAUCACACAUAUCUCCGAUGAUUUCAUAUAGUCGUACAUAGCACAGAGGUUAAGGAAGGCAAAAUAUAAAAAAACACCAUCAACGGGAUAGAAAAAUAAAGAUUAAUUGGUGUUUAGAAAAAUAAUGAACUCAUAGAUG